AUGUCUCUGCUCGCGCAUGCCGCUGCCGUCCGCGAUCACGUUGUGCCGACGCCCAGUACUGACAAUGCCCGCAGCACCAACCUGAUCAUCAUGCUUGGCAUGGUCCAGGUCUCGCGCAAGGUCCCCUUCGAUGACCCCAACGUCCUGAACCUGUGCCGCGCCGGCUACAUUGCCAGCAACCUCAUCAUCGCCAUCAUCUACCUCUACGUCCAUGCCAAGAUCAACAAGAAAAAGGAUCUGACGACGCUCAAGUACGUUGAGCCGGCGCCUAUGGGUUCCUCGGAGGAGGGCAAGCUCGUCACGACGACGAUCCACGCCUACGACACGACCCAGCUCCGCGCGGCCUUCCGCUCCCAGGCUAUGGGUAUCGCCAUGAUGGGCUUCAUGCACAUCUACAUGAAGUACACCAACCCCCUCCUCAUCCAGUCCAUUAUUCCCCUCAAGGGCGCCCUCGAGAGCAACCUCGUCAAGAUCCACGUCUUCGGCCACCCUGCCUCUGGCGACCUUAAGCGCCCUUUCAAGGCCGCCGCCGGCCUGAUGCAGGGUCUCCAGGGCGGUUCCGUCCAGAACGACAAGAAGGCCAUCGAGACCGCCGAGCGUGCCGGGCGCGGUGGUGCCAAGGAGGAGUAA